AUGCGCAAGCAGGUGAUGGAGCAGGGAUCCGUCAACCACAAGGAGGCUGUGACCAUCCCCAAGGGCUGCAUCCUGGCCUUUCGAGUGAGACAGCUGAUGGUCAAGGGCAAAGAUGAGUGGGAAAUUCCACAUGUCUACAACGAUAACAUGCAAACCUUCCCCCCUGGAGAUAAGCCAGAAGAGGAGAAGUUCAUCUUCAUCCAGGCAGCCGACACUGGGGAGGUGCACGAGGACUUCAGGACUCUGAAGGAAGAGAUUCAGCGAGAGACCCAGGAAGUGGAGAAGCUGAGCCGUGUGGGACAAAGCUCCCUGCUCACCUCCCUCAGCAAACUUCUAGGGAAGAAAAAGGAGCUAGAGGACCUGGAGCUCACGCUUGAAGGGGCUCUGGACAAAGGACACGAAGUGGCGCUGGAGGCACUCCCAAAAGACGUCCUGCUGUCAAAGGAGGUGAUGGGUGCCGUCCUCUAUUUCCUUGGAGCCCUGACAGAGUUAAGCGAGGCCCAGCAGAAGCUGCUGCUAAAAUCCAUGGAGAAGAAGAUCCUACCUGUGCAACUAAAGCUGGUGGAGAGCAUAAUGGAACAGAAUUUUCUACUGGAUAAAGAGGGCGUUUUCCCCCUGCAACCUAACCUGCUCUCCUCCCUCGGGGAAGAGGAGCUGACCUUCACAGAGGCCCUAGUGGGGCUGAGCGGCCUGGAAGUGCAGAGAUCAGGCCCGCAGUACACAUGGGACCCAGACACCCUCCCCCACCUCUGUGCCCUUUACGCUGGCCUCUCCUUCCUGCAGCUGCUGACCAAGGCCUCCUAACGUGCCUUGUCCAUCUGCUUCCCGCCUCCCUAGUGCCUUCCCCUACCUCACUGUACUGUGCCCUUAACAUCCGAGGGCAUUUCAGAGCCACCAGGCGGAGGAUGAUGGAACCCUAGCUGGCCCCUCAAAAUGACCGGUUUCCACUUGUCCAGCUCUGUAUCUCCCCCUGCCCCCCGAAACUCUGCAACCUGCAAAGCCCACUUGCUGAUGCUUAAACCCUCU